AUGCAAACCGCCACACCGUCUGAGAAAAGUUUGAUUGCGAAAGAUCUUUUCAGUGCUGAAGAAAAGCUCCAAUCAUUCAGCACAUACUUUCAGCUCUAUGACUCUUUGACGAGCCCUCAAUAUGUAAUGGUGCAGAUAGACCCCCCUGCCCUGAAUACCCAUGCCGAUAUUCGAAGCUUGGCUCUCAAAUUAAGGGAAGACCCUGAAAACACCCGCGAAGAGUUCCAGAAAAAGGCCUUUCCCCAAACUUCGAAAAAUGCAGAGACUGUGAAAGACCAACAGCGUGCCAUCAAUGUCGCCGUGCAAAUCAUGUUGAUGAUUGAUUGUUCAGAUAAGGAUCGCCAUCAUCAAGGCUACGAGAUCGGCGGUUUCCGACCCGUCAGCUGGAAUAAGUUGGAGAAAUUCACCGACUUUGUCAAAAAGGUCUUUCCUAUGGAUUUUCACGAUCCGGAGAAAGUUCGAGUGGCAUUGAGGGAGAAGAAUGAGUUGAAAUGCUGGAAUCUAAAGAAGCGUGCACAUGUCAAAUUCAUCCCGACAGACAACUUAGCAGAGCACCUUCUACAUGACCCCCAAGACAAUGUUGUCCGACUCUUCCGCCAAACGGCAUUUUUAAAAGCUCAUCUCCAACUCUCUGCCGGACAACCCCCGGACCUCGGAAUCGCUGACAGUCUUAAAUUAGGGACAUUACCACCACAACUGCUCCAAGAGACAUUGCAUUCCUUGCAAUACAUAAUAUUCCCCCUAGUCGAUAAAAAGUCGUCCGAAUUUUUGGGGAAAUUCAUCAGAGACAAGGAAUCGAGUUUCGACCCAGAUUGCAGCAACUGUGACACAAACAGUAUACAGCCACUGGAAGACUUCGAAUAUCAUUACUGGGGCGAUAGGCUUGCCAAGUUGAAUCAUCUUGUGACACACCCAAGACCGAGUCAUCGUAUUGGUCGGUGGAUACAACGAAAUGCUUCGGAGAGAAAUGCCAUGUUUGUGGCGAUCUUGUCACUUGUUCUAUCGGCAUUGUUUGGAUUCUUAAGCGUUAUCCUUGGAAUAUUUCAAGCAUGGGUGGCAUAUAUGUCUUGGAAAGCACAGGUCAAUGCUCCGCAAGCUCCGUAA